CAAAAAUCAAAUGAGAUUUGUGUGGCGCAUAUAUAUCUGGUGCUCCUUUGUACCAAUAUUUAAGUGUUUAAAUAAAUAAUAAAUAAGUUUAUUUAAUGUAACUUAUUUACUAAUUAUUCCAUUUUGAGUUAUACUAUCAAUAUGAAGGUUAAAGAUUUUAACAUAAUGAUGUAGAUCUAAUAUGAUUCGAAGAUAUACACUCUAGUGAUUAAAUAGAGAAGGGUAUAAUAUAUUUAUUAAACUAUUACUUCAAUGAAAGAACCCAUAUCAUAAUUGAUAAACUAUAAUUAAUAAUUUAAAAAUAAUAUGAACAAAGGUUGAAUUUCCUACGACUGAUUUCAUGAAAAAUAAUUCCAUAUUUAAUCAUUAAACAAAGUUCAUUUAGAUAAAAAAAACAGAUUUCAAUUUUAAAAUUACAGUAAAUAUACACCUUAUGUAAAAGAAUAUUCUAUAGUAUAAGUAGUAACAAAAGUCCAAAAUGUUUAGAGAUAAAUAACUAUAGAUCAUGAACAGAAAGGUUUAGAGAAUAAAAUGAAUUCAUCAUUCUAUUUCACAGAUUCUCAUCAGCUGCAUACAAACUUAAACUACAAUUACUUAUAUAAAUAUAUGUAUCAACGAAUGUUAAGGAUGAUUUAGUUUGUCGAGAUUAAACGAAUGUUUAAAAUGUAACCAACAUCAUAAUUAUGGAUCGGUUGAAGUUCAACAUUAACACCGUUUAAUGCCCGCUCAGUAAUCUAGAGGUUAAGCAUUCCCAUGCGAGACCGAAGAUCCUGGGUGCGAGGAUGAGCAGUACUGAAGAGUCCCGCACUAAGAUGAAACGGCCGACCAGUGCUUCCAGGUUUUUAAUGGUGGUAUAGCUUACAUCAACUCAUGAAUUUAACUAUUGGAAUCGCUACAAUCUCCAUAAACCCUGAUUCUAAUAAACAUCAUAAUGAUCGAAAGAAGAGAUACCAAGCGUAUGAAUAAGGAUAGAUCGAUAUGUAGUUAUUUGUUGGGAAAUUAAGAGAUUAUGUAAGAGUAACAAAAUUAAUAAUUGAUUGGGUAAUCGAAUAACAUGAUGAAACAAACUAAUAUGUGAGCAUCAACCAAAUUGUUUAAGAAAAGAACAUCAGAAGACGAAAGAAUAAUAAAAUAAUUAAAAGUUUAGGGACAGGGUUGAAAGAAAGAAUAAAAUUAACAAAGAUUAUUAGACAAACAUCCAGUCACAAUGGUAGGGAGAGGCUAAUCAAACUUUCCUCCUGUAUACAUAGAUCAGGUCGGGAACAUUUUACAGUGAUUAUCUCUACAAAACGGUGUUAGAUGAGUGUUUUUGUCUGUCGAUUAUCAAGGUCGCCUAAAUGUGUUGUUCUAAUUUUCAUAAUGGGAAUCUUUAAUUUUCUAAAGAAAGUUUUGACUAGACAUCUUUUAAACUGACAAGAAAAAAGUUGUUAAAGUUCAAUUACUGUUCAGUCCACCAUUCCCAUAAUACUUUUCUCUAGACUUCCAUCAUUUUUCCGUCCUGCAAUAAAAUCUAAAAAAUUAAAUUGCUUAUCUCUUUCAUAUUCCAUUAUAAAAGUUAUGUUGGGAUGAGAGAUGUUGAAGUGAAUAAGUAACCGAGAAGAGUGGUCCAUAUCAUUACAGAUAAUGAACGUAUCACCAACAUAUCUGAUGUAGCAUUUUAAUAAGUAUAUUUAUAUUAAUUUAAAGUUUUAUAAAGCUGAUGAGAAACUGUGAAAUAGAAUGAAUUCAUUGUAUUCUGCAAACCUUGUUGUCCUUGCUCUGUUAAAAUUUAUCAAGGGUUCUGGUUGUAUGGAAAAAGUAAUUACGUAAUAAUUAAGCGCUGAUAACAAGUAAGGAUAAAAUGAGUGAAGCAUAGUUAAUUAAAAUACGAUUACUAAUUUAGAAGACAGUAGAAAUAAAAAGAUAUAAUGAUAUAAUUAAAUGAAAGGAAGAGCUGAACAAUCUCUUAUGAUAUAACGAAGGGGUAUUUAUCACCAAGGGUAAGAAAAAUUAUCAACCAUCUCCUUUCGAACACAUAAAUGAGGUUUCUGAGGCCUGAUAGAAACGGCUUCAGGAAACCUCAGAAGACGAGCUUGACUGCUUGCCAAUCACCUUGAAAAAUUAGAAGGUAUCAACUUCAAAUCCUGUGUCCAGGAAAUGUUCUAUCUUUCUUCCUCUCUUCUUGGUAAAGAGAACUAUGUGUAUGGUAUGACUUUCUUCAUUUUUUUCAUAUCCCAUAGAUUUCUGACCGUAACGUAUUUUCAUCCCCAUAUUCUUCUCUAACCUCUUGAUCAAUACUCAAACUUUCUUAUUGUUUGAAAUCUUGGGUCGCUUUGUGAUGAAGUCUCUUCUAUCCUUCUAUGAAGACACAUAUAUUUACCAAAUAACUGAAAAUAUCAAUGUACAGUUUAAGCACAUGAUUUCGCUGACAAGAACAUCUUCCUCUCUAAAUUUCUAUUAGUUUUCUUUUCUGACAGUUCUAUAUUUUCAGUUUGAAUCAAAAACCGAGCUUAGCAUAACCAACAUUGAAAACCUGUAUGCACUCGGCAGGCGUUUCAUCCUGGUGUGAGACUGUUCCCCAACAGUGCGCAUCCACGACUCUGCACCAGCCAUGGCUGGUGAGUUCGGGACGAUCCUCAUUCAUGAGCCUCCUCUGAACAAUGGAUGAGGACCAGAAGCAACAUCACUAAGUCAGUUACUCACUAUUAACUUCAACCGAGGCUAAGUACAAAAUGCACUAAGUUCUCUAAAACUAGAAAAAUCAAUAGAACUGGAUGAACUAUACCUUAAAAUCUCGAGAGAGAGAGCAUAGUAUACAUUACUACUCAGCUCGCUCAGGAUUUUACUGACCCCAAAAAUGUUACCCGUUGACUGAAUUGAUACUACAGUCAUUCCAGUUCACAUGACAGGAGUAUGGUAGAUCUCAUCAAAUAAAAGACUCUCUAGCCUUACUAGUGUCUUAGUUAAAAGGCUGGAAUGAAUCAUCAAGAAGGCUGUUACGAACUUACUGGAAACCAUCAACUUGUUAAAAAGUGGAAAGUGUGAUUUCAGAAAAGGAUUGUCAUGUAAAACUAAUCUCCUUAUGGUAAUAGAAAGAUAGAUGAAGUCGUCUAAUAACGAAAAAUCUAUAAUGACUUUACUGGCACAUUCUAUAGUGUCCAAUAGCAGAUUCCUUCCAAAACUGGAAAAUCCAUGCAUCACUGUACCUAUUUUAAUGUGGAUUAAUGACUUUUUGGUGGGAGUCGUCAGAAAGUACAAACAAAUUCCAAAUCUUUUUUCAUCGAAACCAGUAAUUAAUGAAGAACUUCAGGUCUUUGUUUUAGCCCCUUUACUGUCUAUAGUGUACAUGAAUGAAUUUCUACCUAUUCUUAGGUCUCAGAUUCUGCUUUAGGCUGAUGGCGUCAAAAUCCAUUGAGAAGUAACGGUGGAUACACAUCCACAUGCACUUUAGACCGACUUAGACGUUCUGGUUAGCGGAUAUAAAUUAUUUUUGAUGUCUGUCAACGCGCUGUGACAACACCUGUAUUGAAGAUACGAAGAUAAUUAACUACAGUAUUGGGAUAUGCGCCUUUACCCUUAGUCUUGUCUCACAAUGACUUAAGGGUAAUAGUGAGCCACAAUCUUAAGACCACGACCCAUUUCCAUUUUAUUAAUUAUUAAUGAUGUAGAAUGAAUUACUUUAUUUAUUCCUAACACGAAAAUGAUGUUGAUUUGUUGGAAAGAUUACAAUUAUCAAUACAUGACUGAACAGUCUAAUAGGAUUCGGACAUCUUGAACGGAUGUUUCGACAGAAUAUAGACUGACGAUUAUUUAACUUCACAGUGGUUACCAGUGCAGUUCAAGAACCAUGCUUUGGUUUUACUAUGUGUGCUAAGCCAAAUUUAAUAAUUGCUCCUACGAUCUUCAAAAAUGGCAACAAAUUCAGUGAAAUUGUAGGAUAUUGGCUAUCCAAUGAGCAUAAAUAGGAGAAUUUAACACAUUGAAUAAUAAUAGGGUGGAUAGUUUAUCAUCGAAACGAAAAGCGCAUAAAUGUAGAUUUUGUUUUAACUACGUAGUUUUUCACGAAUACGAGAACUGAAAUUAUGGAAUCGGUAUUUUAAGUAGUUUAUGGUACAUCAAUCUUAUUGCUUUCAUUGAUUUUAAUACUGAACUUGUCCAAUAUCGAUUUUCAUUAUUUGAAAUAUUACUAGAAUUUUUCUGAAUUUAUAUCCCUAAGUUAUUAUAUCGUUUUACAUGAUACUUUCGAUUACCAAUGUUUAACUACAACAACGUAAGUAAACUAUUUUCUUAAACUAAAGUCACCAUCAAUCAUUAGCAAUCGGUAAGCAAACAAGUUCGCACAUGAUUGAUACUUAAUUUAAUGCAGAAUAUAAGUAGGCAUCUUACGUUUGAUUCACCUUUAAAUUUUUCACGAGCCUAAAUAGAAUGGCAAAUUAACUUAAAGAGCUAUUUUUUUCAAUGAGUUUUAUUCAUAAACAACUCUUAGUAUUUCAUGAAUAUGUUCAAAGGUAUUUUCAAGUUUACAACGAUUUUUAUUCUAAUUCGACGGCAGUGUUCAAGUAAUUUCUGAUCUGUCUGGUAGGACUGAAUUUUCUUCAUAGAGCAUACAUUAAUGGCGAUAUUAUAAGUUGCUUCAAUAACAUCACCGUUACUGAUGAACUAAAUUUAUUGUCUAACGACUUUAUUGAAUACGUAAUUACCACUCAGAAAAGAUAGCAUGAUAAAGUAAAACGGAGGUCAACAGAAAAUGCUUUGAUUAGAAGUUUCAUUGAAAUCAUGAACCGAUCAAUAUCACAACAUCAUUAAAAACAUAAAACCACUCGAACGCCGUUUUUUCAUAUUAUUAUGGGACUCCAUAACACUGAUCACUCAUUAAAUCGAACUAUGCAAUACAACACAACUCAUUCCAUUUCCAGUGUAAAUAAUUAAACUUUAAACCAUUAAGUCGGUAUCCAACAAUGUUAAUGUCUAACUACAUUCACUUUAUUCACGAUAUUGAGUCACCAUCUCACAUAAUGUUCGAUGAGUGACUGCUUCACACCCGAUACACAUUAGUUCCACUGAUCAUGUAUUCUCACUAGAAGUGUAGAAAUUGUCUCUGGAAACUAUUCAUUAUUGAGCACAUGAUAACUAUCAAUAUAGGGUUGUGGAGAUUGAUUAGAAUUUCUGUCUUUAAAUGCAUCUUCUAGUCAAAAUAACAAUGAUCAAGUAGAUAAAUUAAAUGUAACCAGUAAAAUUCACUCAGAAAAUGUAAAACUGAUAUGAAAAUGUUGAUCGCUUAACAAACAAAUUCACUGUUUGAAAAGUUUAAUUGAAAUUUAGUAUACUGAAGUAAAUAAUGAAAUGUUUGGCCACAUUAUAAAUUAAGUAUAACUCAAAAAGUCUUGUUCAAAUAAUAUUAUGAAUUUUAGGCAAUAUAAAAACCUAAACAAAAGUUAGUUGAAAUUCACUUAGUAUUGUUUGUUUAUAUCUACCCAUUGAUGUUUAGGACUGCAACUGGUCAGUCUCUUAUUGGCAUAUGUGCAUACUGUGCGUAUUGCCUCGAUAUAGCUUGACCAGUUUCAGUCCUAAACAUCAAAGGGAAAAUAAAAACAAACAAUACUAAGUGAAUUUAAACUUCACCUAAUUGCACAAGCAAGUGGCUAUCAGGACUCAGUAGCUAAGUGGGUAGCGCGAUGGCGUUUGAAACUAAAGGUACUGGAUUCGAGUACCACAGUGAACAUCAACUCUGAGAUGCAAGUACAUCCAGCUAAUGAGUCCCAAAUAAAACGAAACGCGCGUCCUGGAUUUCACUGCUAACCACUAUCCAUAUUUGCUUAAAAAGUUAGGUAAGUUUAAUAAGUUGUAAAGAUUAACUUUUAAAUAUGUAGACAGUUUUUUUGUUAUGAAUUCACACAACUUAGUGGUAGGUGAGUGGGAACUAUCAAAAAUCAAGAAACAAUAAACCAUAGUUUUCCUCAAGUUUAAAACUUCACAUUAGUAAAUCAUUACUAUCUCAUUAAAGAUUGAAUUUAAAAUCUUUAUAAUUCAAGGUGAAUAGGUUACCAUCAAAUAAUUUAGGUGGAACUAAUUAAUCUAUAUAUUUGACAAUACCUUUUUGAUAAACAAACAAUGGUCAAUAGUUGUGUUAUUUUUAUUUUUUUUUUUAACAAUUUUUAUAAACACACUCACAGGUGUUUUCUGUUUUGAUCCUUUUAAAUAAAAAAAAAUAGUUUUUUUCUAUAAUUAAGAUUUAAUUCCGAUUGAAUAAACAAAAUGGUUUAUCUAUACAUGUAUUUAUUUAUUUAUUUUCAAUGUGCUCAAUAUCGAUUUGCUAUUAAUGGACUCAAAAAAAAGACAAACAUUUUUUUUAAUAAAAAAUUUUAAAAAAAAAGAAGAUUAUAGUUAAACUUUCUAUUCGUUGGAAGACCUGUUGCAUGCAUAGUUGUACGUGACAUAUAUAAGAACAUAAAUUAUGUUUAUUGUUCAUGUUUAUUAGUAGUAUAUAAAUAAUAAUGAAUUAAUAAAAUUAAUGAUUAAUUAUAGAAAAAUGAAAAAAAAAUUUUUUGUCAAUUUUAAUUCAAUAAUUUUUCUUUCCAAUUAAUCAUUCAUUUCCUGUAUGGAAUAUAAGUGGGGAAAAAAAAGAAAAAAAAAGUGUGAUAAUUAUCAAAAUGUUAUUCACAUCACUAAUUAAUUCACCAUCAAAAUGUUUAUUAAUUGUAUUAUUUCUUAUUGGUACUACUUAUGUAUUCUAUUUAUGGAGUGGAAAAUUUAAAGAAACUAAUAACCCAGUAUUUGUUAUUAAUUAUGCAUCGAUUGAUAAUCCAUUCAGUGAGUUACGAUGUAACAGAUUGAAAUAUACACAAGUUGGUCACGUGAAAACGCCUAGUAAAGUAUUAUUUUGGCCACAGAUACAAUAUAAAUAUACAUUACCUCAAUCAGUAGAUUUUAUUACACCUUAUUCAUCAGUGAAAAAUUUCAAGCCACAACAAGUAUUUGGAUCAUUUUAUACCAAGUAUAAUGCUACAAAAAUAAGUAGUUAUAUUGAACCAAAUAGCAAUUUAAGACAUAAUAUUGAUAAGAAAAAUAACACUAUCAAUUAUACUACACCAAUUAUAUGGUCUCCAUUAGGUUGUUCACCUAGUCUGUCGUCAGCUAUCAUUAUUCCUUAUCGUAAAAGAAUACAACAUUUACGAGUAUUAACAGAUCAUUUACAUGGAUUUUUACGACAUCAAAGAAUACCGUAUACCAUUUUUAUUAUUGAACAGAUCGGUGAAAGAAAAUUUAAUCGUGGUGCUUUAUUAAAUGCUGGAUUUCUUGAAGUUUCCAAAUUCAAAGAAUAUGGCUGUUUCAUUUUACAUGAUGUAGAUAAACUACCAGAAGACGAUCGAAUUAUUUAUACAUGUGGACCAAAUCCAACACAUUUGUCAGCUUCAUUAAGUACUUUUAAUUACAAAUUAAUUUAUGAAAGAUUUUUUGGUGGUGUUGUUACAUUUACUCGUGAUCAAUAUCUUAAGAUUAAUGGUUUUUCAAAUUUAUAUGAAGGAUGGGGUGGUGAAGAUGAUGAUCUUUUAUUACGUGUUGAACAAUCUGGAUAUAAUUUAAGCCGAAUCAAUGUAUUAACUGGUCGUUAUUAUGCAUUAAGUCAUAAUACAGAUGAAUUGAAUGAAAAGAAUCCAGAACGUUUCAAGUUGUUAAAAACUUCAGAGAGUCGAUUUAAAAGUGAUGGACUGAACAGCUUGAAGUAUACUGUAACUCAGUCGAAAUCAAUGUACAAUGGUCUAAUUUAUUGGAUUUCCAUUGAUAUACAUCCUAACAAGUAGUAAUAAUUUAAUGUACAAGUUUAUACAAUGAGCUUGAUUUUCAAAUUCAAAUGAAGCGUGUUUAUUGAAAAUUGGUUCGUCAAUUUUUUUUCAAAAGAUUUGGAAAUGUUUCUAUACAUUUGAAAGAAGGAGAAUAAACAAAAUUAGGAUUUUAAAAAAAAAACAUUUAAUACCGAGAUUUGGUGAUAACUCUGAUACGAUUACUGACAGUGAAAAUUUUUACCAGCGAUCAUUUAACAAAUAUAUCUUUUCAUCAAGACAUAUUUACUAAAGCAUCUGUCUCACUACUUUUGAACUUAAUUGUUAAUAAUUUCUAUUGAUUUAAUGUUAUUAAUAAAUUACCAAUUACAUAACAAAUAACACACAAUUACACGAUUAAUCAUAUAUCACAGGUUGAGAAUAAAUGGGAAAACAUCUAUUUGUUUAUUUUUUGUCAUGAGCACAUGUAUAAUGAUGAUGUUGAUGAUGAUGAUAGAACUUGUUUAUCUUUUAUCAUUAAAGCAAAAUUUCUUGAAGACACAAUCUAAAGAAUUUCUUUUCAUCGUACCAUUCAAUUAUUGUAAUAAAAAGCCUUUUGUUGAUUAUUUCACAUUAUCCAAUAUUGUGUACAUAUCAUAAUUUAUGAUAUUUCAAUGGAAUCUAUCCAUUUUCAAUCGUCAAUCGUUUGUGUUGAGUUUUUUCAAUACAAAAUACUGAAAAUUGUGAAUAUUUUUUCUUGUGCAUAUUUCUCAUUUUAUAUUUUAAUAAGUUAUGGUAAAUUUCUUUAAAAAAAACAAACUACAAUGAUGUCUACUUGUUUCAUAUUAUCAUCUAUAUAUUUUUUUACUGUCUAUAUAACUUUUUUGUAUGAAGAAGAUUAUUUUAACAUCUAUUGUUCCAUAUGAUUUUAUGCAUUUUCAGGAUAUAACACAGUUGUUGAGAUGUUUACUUACUUACUUACUUACUUACACCUGUUACCCCUCGUCGAGGAGCAUAGGCCGCUCAUCAGCAUUCUCCAUCCAACUCUGUCCUGAGCCUUCCUUUCCAGUUCUUUCUUUUCAUAUCUGCUUCUAUUUCCCUACGUAAUAUGUUCUUUGAGCUUCAUCUUUUCCGCUUCCCUUCUGGAUUCCAAGUUAGGGAUUACCUUGUAAUCCACAUUGGUGACUUCCUUAAUGUAUAUCCGAUCCACUUCCAACAUCUUUUCCUAAUUUCCUCUUCAGCUUGAAGCUGGUUUAUCCUCUCCGAUAGAACGCUUUUGCUGAUAGUAUCCGGCCAAUGGAUGUUGAGUAUUUUGCGUAGACAACUGUUUAUAAAUACUUGUACCUUGUUGAGAUGUAGUAAUAUGACAUUUAUCUUCUUUAGAAACUGAGCUUUUGAUUAAUUCUAAAUAUUAAAUAAUACUAUACAAGCAUAGUGUUUGUUAGAGAAUAUGAAUCAAAAUGUAUUAUAUAACCUUUAAAAUAAAUUGUUUGCUUUAUGUU